UCAUCAGAAAUUAAAAUUAAAAGUGCCUUUGACACAAGUUUUGAUUUGGAAUUCAAUGAAGAACUAUCAGACGCUUUGGCGUUCCAUUGGCGCUCUGAGCUGCGGCUCCGUGGCCACGUAUGUGACUGUGCGCAUGCUGGAUCGACGCCAUGCGCACAGCCUGGAGGAGAGCUCGAGUCGCAGUCAGUGGCUCAAAGACUGGGAUCGACGCGAGCAUCAGCUAAUCGAGCUGAAUGCACAGGGCGAUCAUCGCGAGGUGGGCGCACUGCGUCACAUUGUGCUGGUGCGUCAUGGCGAGUACACCAAAUCCGAGGAGGGCAGUCAUCUGACCGAGCUGGGGCGUCUGCAGGCGCUGCGCACGGGACAGCGUCUAAAUGAAAUGGGCGUCGCCUGGGAUCAUGUGGCCGCAUCGACUAUGCCACGCGCUCUGGAAACCGCCUCCAUUAUAUUGAAGCAAAUCAACUUUGAUCCGCUCAAAAUGAAGCGCUGCGAGCUGCUGCCCGAGGGCACGCCCUGUCCAGCGGUGCCGCCCCAGCGUCGCAAUCCCAACCACAUCGAGCAGGCCUAUCGUCGUGAUGGUCCAAGAAUCGAGGCUGCAUUUCGUCGCUACUUCUUUCGCGCCUCGCCGGAGCAGAAGCUCGACUCGCAUUUGCUCAUCAUUGGCCAUGCCAAUGUCAUACGCUAUUUGGUCUGUCGUGCUCUGCAGCUGCCGCCCGAUGCCUGGACGCGCUUCAAUCUGCAUCACGGCUCCAUUACCUGGCUAACGGUCUGGCCCAACGGCUACGUCACGCUGCGCUGCCUAAGCGACGCCGGCUUCAUGCCAGUGCAGCAGCUAACACAUCGGCGACCCAGAGCGCCGCUGCUCAAACUUGAAGCAUAAAUCUAUGUCAUGUCAGUAUGUAAGAGUAUAGUAUAGUAUAUAAAUAAAUGCGCUGCUUAAAUCAAGA